AUGUACGGCGACAUCGGGCACGGGGCGAUCGUGCUGCUGCUGGGGCUGUUUUUGCUGCUGCGGCAGCAGCAGCUGCAGCAGCAGCGCGGGCUGCUUGCUGCGCUGCUGCCCUACCGCUACCUGCUGGCCCUCAUGGGCCUCUUUGCUGUAUACGCCGGCUUUCUUUAUAAUGACCUUUUUGCCCUCGGGGUGGACCUCUUCGGCUCGCACUGGACUGAAGACGGCCACGAGACUCUCAACGGCGCCAUCCGCCUCAGGCAACUCGGGGAAGACCCGUACCCGUUUGGGAUAGACCCUGCGUGGAAGGGGGCGAGCAACGAGCUGCUGAUGGUGAACUCGGUGAAGAUGAAGCUCUCAAUUGCCAUUGCUGUUGUGCACAUGGGAGUUGGCGUUUUGUUGAAAGGUUUGAACUUUUGGUUUUUCGGCGAAGUUUUGAGCUUCUGCUGCGAGUUCGUGCCGCAGCUGCUGUUCCUGCUGCUGCUGAUAGGCUACUUGAACUUCCUGGUGGUCCUCAAGUGGGUCUCUCCGCGCAGCAGCAACAAACCCAACUUGAUCAGCAGCAUCAUCAACAUGUGCAUGAUGGGGGAAGUUGCUGCUGAGGACCAGCUCUACCAGCACCAGCAGACUGUCGAGCGCGUGCUGCUGCUGCUGCUGCUGCUCACCAUCCCCGUCAUGCUCCUCGUCAAGCCCGCCGUGCUGCUCCUCCGCAGCAAACGCGCGGCAGCAGCAGCAGACAAGCAGCAGCAGCAGCAGCAGCAGCAGCAGCAGCAAGCCCCCGCCGCGGGCCACGCCGCCCUCGACGCCGCCGAAAACGGCGACGCAGCAGCAGCAGCAGCAGCAGCAGCAGCGGGGGAAGCGCCCGCAGCGGGCGGCGCCGCGCGCCCCCCCCAGCAGCAGCAGCAGCAGCAGCAGCAGCAGCAGCAGCAGCAGCAGGAGGAAGCGGCGGGAGCGGGGGACUUGUUCAUAUUUCAAAUGAUUGAAACGAUUGAGUUUGUCUUGGGAACAGUUUCGAACACAGCUUCUUACUUGCGGCUGUGGGCGCUGUCGCUGGCCCACCAGCAGCUGGCGCUGGUCUUUUACUCGCAGACUGUUGUGCGGGCCUUGACAGCAGCAGAAGAUGCUGCUGCUGCUGCUGCUGCUGCUGCUCUUUUUGCUGCUUUUGCGGUCUUUGCAUGCAUCACCUUCGGAGUCAUUCUUUGCAUGGAUUUGCUCGAAGUCGCGCUGCAUGCGCUGCGGCUGCAGUGGGUGGAGUUUCAAAACAAAUUCUACAAAGGAGACGGACACAAGUUCGAGCCCCUCGACUUCUUCCUCGUCGUGCAGAGAAAAGCAACUUAA